GGCAAACCGCAUUGGGCAGGAAGAGGCAGGCAGCAGCACGAUGAGUUACUUGGUCGUCGCCGUCCCCAACGAAGGCAACCGCUCGACCGACACGACCUUCAACGAGCUCAAGGCCGAGACCGGCUCCUCGAAGAACGACCUCGCUGAAUGCCACCGCUUUGAUCUGCCCUCCGACUUGCUCGUGGGCACGCUCGACUCGCUCAUGACGCUCGGCGAAGACAUGCACCGCAUCGACAUGUCGGUCGAAGCGGCUGUGCGCAAGAUUGAGCGCCAGUUCCACGAACUCAACAAGGGCGGCGAGGCGUUGACCGUCGACGGCGUCCCGGUCGAGCGCUACUUGAGCCAUUUUUCGUGGGACGAGGCCAAGCACCCGCAUCGCCGUCCGUUGUCGGAGAUCGUCUCGAUCAUCCAGUCGUCGAUUGCUAAGAUUGAAGACGAGCUCAAGCAGCUCAGCACGCGCUACACGGAGAAGAAGCAGCAGCUCGCGUUGCACCAAAAGAAGAAGAGCGGCAACCUCCUCGUCGCCAACCUCACGGACGUCUUGACGCCGGACGUGGUCAAGGCCACGGACUUUGUCAACACCGAGUACCUCCAGACGCUCGUCGUCGUCGUGCCCAAGAGCCAGGAGGAAGUCUGGCUCCGCGAGUACGAGGCGAUCGGCAACGACAUUGCCGAGUACGGCCCGAAGCAGUCGCGCGGUAGCCUCAAGGGCUCGCCCGUCGUGCCCGGCUCGUCGCGGAAGCUCGUGGAAGAAGGCGACUCGACCUUGUACACGGUCACGAUCCUCAAGGGCCAGUACCAGAGCGGGUCGUUCGACAACGAUGGCACGUUCGAGGCCGGCACGCUCCUCGAUUACGUCGAGAAGUUCAAGCAGGCAGCGCGCGAGAAGCGGUUCCAAGCGCGCGACUUCACCUACGACCCGACGGCGCAUGCGACCAACGAGACGAUGAUCGCGGAGCUCGAGGUCGAGGUCAACCGCCUCUACACCGGUCUCCUUCGGUGGUGCAAGGCGCACUUUGGCGAGACCUUUAUCGCAUGGAUGCAUGUCAAGGCCGUCCGAACGUUCGUCGAAGCCGUCCUUCGCUACGGUCUUCCGGUGAACUUUACCGCCAUUCUCUACCGCCUCAAGGCGGGCAAGGAGAAGAAGCUGCGAACGGUGCUCGAGAAGCGCUACGAGCAUUUGCAGCCGUCGCAGUUUGCGUCGGUGGAAGAAGCGGCGAACGCGCAAGAGUACUUUGCGUACGUCUCCAACUCGUUCAGCCCGCUCGCGCUGGCGUAAGCCAUUUGUUUACGAAACAAGACGCAGUUGUGUGCCCAUA